UCCGGGAGGCAGAUAGAGUAGGGUAGGUGUUGAUAUAUUCAGACCGGACUCUCGCGGUGUUGCCAUUUUUACUUCAGCACGGCUAGUACUAGAGUCGGCUGUGGAGAACCAUAUACAUAGAACAAAACCGAAUAACAGGCGCCGGAAGAACGAAACUCUAGUUACAAUGAGUUACAGGUUACAGUCACCAAGAUUUAAGAUAGACGGAUGAUGUUUGUUAUUCAUUUAAAUGACAUUUUUAUAAAUAAUGGACAACCUCGAACAGCAGUGUGAAGACGCGCUCUUCGAAUUAUGUGAUGCUCGAGAACGGUAUCCUUUACAGUGUGCAAAUGAACUAGAAAAAUGUAUAAAACUUGAAACUGACAUGAUGGAAGUACAGAAAUCUAAUAUAAUAGACAAACCAUCUUCUUGGGAACAUAAUAGAAAUUUGAAUACCGAUAUUACUGAAAAUAAAAUAAGUUUUAAAUAUUUAGAUCGUAAGCUACACAGUAUUAUAAACAAAUUGGAUAAUUUAGAAGCAGUUAUGGAUCAAAUUGAACGAGAUAAGAAAUCUUUGGUUAAUAAAUUAUUACGAGGUUAAGUUUGAUACAUUUGACACAAUAAAAUAUGCAAAGUGAUAUUAUA